ACACAGGCCCAGUGUCUGACGAGGUAUAGAAACUAGUAACACGGCCUCUGAUUGGACGAUUCUGACGGCAGGGUGAAACCCUCCAUGGCCUGACGACCGGGGAUGUAUAUUGACUGAUAAUGUUUUACCAGCACUUUAAAGAGUUUUGACUGCAUUUUAGACUUUUCCCUGGACUGGAUUGUAACGGGGAGACCAUGUCGGACGCUGAAGGAGCUCGAAGUCCGGAGCAGCUGAAUAAAUUCGAGAAAGUGUCCGGGAGGCCGCCGCUGUGUCUGUCGCUAGCAGGGCAGCGCACGCCGCCCGCCCGGAGCGGCCACCGCUGCGUGGCGGACAACACCAACCUGUACGUGUUCGGCGGCUACAACCCGGACUACGAGGAGUCGGGCGGCCCGGAGAACGAGGACUACCCGCUGUUCCGGGAGCUGUGGCGGUACCACUUCGCCACGGGGUCCUGGCAGCAGAUCCGCACGGAGGGCUACAUGCCCACCGAGCUGGCCUCCAUGUCCGCUGUUUUGCACGGUAACAACCUGCUGGUUUUCGGAGGCACGGGCAUCCCGUUCGGGGAAAACAACGGGAACGACGUGCACGUCUGCAACGUCAAGUAUAAGCGCUGGUCUCUGCUGAACUGCCGGGGGAAGAAGCCAAACAGAAUCUACGGACAGGCGAUGGCCAUUAUAAACGGCCACCUGUACGUGUUCGGGGGGACUACGGGCUACAUUUAUAGCACAGACUUGCACAGGCUGGACCUGACCACCAGGGAGUGGACCCAUCUGAAGCCCAAUAACCCCCCCCACGACCUGCCCGAGGAGCGGUACAGGCAUGAGAUAGCACACGACGGACAUAGGAUAUACAUCCUGGGCGGCGGGACAUCCUGGACCUCGUAUCCUCUGGACAAGGUACAUGCGUACAAUCUGGAGACAAACUCGUGGGAGGAGAUCUCAACGAAACCCCACGACAAAAUAGGCUACCCUGCCCCCAGGAGGUGUCACAGCUGCGUGCAGAUCCGAAACGAUGUGUACAUCUGUGGCGGAUACAACGGGGAGGUGAUUCUCUCCGACCUCUGGAAGAUUAACCUGCAGUCGUUUCAGUGGAGCAAGCUGCCGGCCAUGAUGCCAGAGCCGGCAUACUUUCACUGCGCUGCCGUCACCCCGGCGGGCUGCAUGUACAUCCACGGCGGGGUGGUGAACAUCCACGAGAACAAGCGCACGGGCUCCCUGUUCAAGAUCUGGCUGGCCGUGCCCAGCCUGCUGGAGCUGUGCUGGGAGCGGCUGCUCAAGGCCUUCCCGGUGCUGGCCACGCUGCCCACCAUCGAGCUGCUCAACCUGGGCCUCACACAGGAGCUCAUCGAACGCUUGAAAUGAACCAUCCCUACCCCCCCCACCCCCCACCCCACAACAGGACAUUCGGAGCGGGAAAGGGAAGGGUUCGAAGGAAGGGAGGGAUGGAUGGAUGUAAGAGACACUGGCAGAUCACAGGAAUCGUUUCAUGGAAGUCUUAUCGUGAGGCUGGAGGGGGGUCUCUCCUUUCCCCCUGCCUAGCGUAGCCGCCCCGCCUUGAAAACCAAAAAAAACCCAGUGGCUCGGGAUGCCUUUUCGAUAUAUAUUUUUUUUUUAGUUUUGCACUUAACCGAUUGGGGGACGGCAAAUAACAGGGAAUGUUUUAUGGAAUAAUUCAGCUAUACACACAGCCCCCCCACACACACACACAUAGAAAUAUUCAAUAUUCCUUGAGAUUCCUUUGCAUCAACAUGGAAUGACACCAUAUUACGUCCCGUGCACACUACCUACAAAGUGACGCGGUGCAGCGCAGUCCAUCUCUCUCAUCUGUAUUUUUAACCAGCCCCUCAUUUAACUUUUUACUUUAAAUUAUUAAGGAAACCGUUUCAAAUGGACAGCUGCAUGAUGUAUUUAUUUAAAGAGAAAAAAAUAAGGAUUUUGUUGUGUACGUGAUCUACCUUUCAACUAUUGUUUCCUUUCCUGCACUUUUGUUUUGCAUACAUGUUGCCAUGGAUUCUUCUGUUUAAACAGGGGGCCCUACUAUGAAUGUGCAUUGUUAGUCUUAAUAAGGGCGUCAAUUCAAAAGUUUGAGGUUAAUAGGACUUUAUACAGCGUAGGCCUAACCUACUUGUUCUGUUAAAGGUGUGCCAGAGAGACUCACUUGUUCUGACCAGUCCAGCAUUUCUGGGUUACUUUUUUUCACUUAACCAUACAUCACUGUGAAUUUGGUGCUCUUAAAAAAAAUGCUUUUAUUCAAAUAAACUUUAAUUCUGAUAAAUGUUCAUUCAGCUCUGCUUUGCAAAAAAAAAAAAACUUUUCUAAAAGAUGAUUUUAAAAUAAUUCCCUUUCAUUUAUUUAACGCAGUGCCUUUCCUACAUCUUUUUACCUUGACAACUCAUCUGUUGAAGCAUGUUUAAAGUGGAGAGGAGUCUUCAUAAAUCCCAAACGGCAUUUAACCAUACUUCCAUCACAAGUAAUAAUUGAACAGCAAACUGCAAAAGAUAAUUGUAGGCCUGGUCUUGUGGACGUCAGGUCCGGUAGACCAUAUCUCAUCUCCAAAACCAGUGUUUCAGGAUCAACAGGCUUAUGCAGAGUGCCAUCAGAGUACAAACACAAAAGCGAUUCACGAGAAACGUAUGCCAAAAAUAGAACCACGUACGAGCAGCGUGGUUUUAUUAACUAGACGAGGUUUAAGCUGCAUCUCCGGUUGGGCCGGUAUGCUGCGUCACAGCUCCCAGCAAUGCAUGGUUUUGCCUUCAUGGUUUAUUUUAUUUUAUCCUUUUCUGGCAACUGGCGACUAGCUGCAUGGUGUACCCUUCUGUAUGUUUCAGACAAAACCUCCCCAGGAUUUUUAUUUUGGGACUUCAUUUUAAAGGGUGCCCAAAAGAUGUUGGUGUGUGUGUAUAUAUAAAUGUUGUGCUUUGAAUCAAUAAAGAUGUACCGUCAGUAACUUGAA